UUGACACAGGUCUUUGUAGGCCUAAUACCCUGAAGUAAACCGCAAUACAUUACAUUGAAACGUGCAACCAAACGAAACCAUUUCGCAGAUAUUUGACGUGUAGUCUCUGUCGUCAUUCAAAUGUAUUUCCGCCUUGUGCAAAGGCGCUAUCGAGAAAAAUGCAUAUAUCUGUGUCAUUGGUUCUGUCAAACUUCCACAUAUUUGAUCUCGACCGCAGCGAGCGACGACGAUACAAUGUCUCCCAAGAAGUUAAUGGUUUUCCAAGCUAAGAUAUAGUUUUACAACCCACACUGAACAUGAUCUCAUGAGCUCACGCAUAUUCUGCCAACUUCCGUCUUCCCUUUCCUCACUCACAGCACGGCUUCUUCUGUAGGUUUAAGAAAACGUCAUAAGUGGAUUAAGGGAUAAAUUUGAAUCAUGGAAUAGUAUAUAAUAGUUUAUAUAAAAUUAAUGUAUAGGAAUCCGAAAAGUAACAGCUGUAACAGACGCACACAUCACCGGAUUGAGAGACUCGAUGACUACAUGAUUUGAAAUGUACCUGUAAUUUAAAGCUUUGUUCUGGACACUUGCUGAACCCUCCCACCUCCACACCCAGUCAUGCCCCAGCAUACCAACUGCCGCUGAAGAGGCAGAACACUUGCUGAACUCACUAUGACUCAAUCAGAUGAGCCCUCCGGUGGGCAAGGCCUGAACAACCCCGACCCCCUGGUGCGGGAGGCCUUCGUGAUGGCCCACGACUACCUGGAGUACGUGACGUCCGAGCCCGGCGCGUACCUGCCCCCGGCGCCCAGCCCCACGUCCAAGGCCCUGCGGCACGCUGGGGACGAGCUGCUGGCCCGCUUCCCUAUCUUCUUCCGGCGCUGGCCGCGCGUCUUCCAGGACGUGACGGAGCGGACGGCCUGCCCCAUGCUGACGGCCAUGCUGGACGAGCACUUUGGGCCCAUGGCCCCCGGGGGCCGCCGCAGGGACCUGGCCUGGAGCGCCGUGUUGUCCGUCUACGUGCUGGCCGGCCAGAUGGCCCUGCACUGUCGCGACAAGGGCAUGGAGGUCGUGUUGCCCAGGCUCAAGGAGUGCGUGGGGGCCUACGUGGAGCGCAACAUCAUCCCAGAGAUCAGGGAGCACGGUGGAUGGGCUGGUUUCAUAUCUCGCUUUGGAGAGAAGCAGAGUUUGGAAGGCCAAGUGAAAAGAGUAUGCUAUUGGACUUUGCUACUGUUAAUCACAGGCAUCAUGACCUACUUCAUUUGGAAAAGACGACCGGCCUAAAAACUUGUUCUAUAUCAUCCACUACUUUUAUAGAAAGACUGUUUUACCAACAAUGCUUUGGAAUGAGUUGUUGGCAAGAGUAUAUUUUUUUACAAGUGACAUUUUUGUGUCCUUGUCUGAAUAUGUAUCUUUUCAGUAGCAGUUCUACGCAUUUGGGGGCCCUAGGGAAAAUAUAGACAUAGGGCCCUUUUAAAUGACCUUUGCCGGCAUUUACCAUGGCAGGGCUGACUUUUGCCUCAUGACUCAUGACACUUCUCUCUGACACCUUUGAUUCAAUGCUUUCGAAGCAGGCACAAGUUGCAUUCGGUAUCACAGACAUAAACAUUCACGCCACUGUUUUCUAUGGUUUUCUUCCUGAAACCGCAUUCAAAACGGAACUUGCCUUAAUUGCGAAAAAGGCAAAUUAAGGUGUAUAAUUUGUUGAUUGCAACAUUGUGCAUAUACUAUAGCAUUCUGGAAAUAAAAAAUCUUGCACAUCAUGCAACAUGUAAGGUCAACGUUUUGAUUUUCCAUUAAAGAGCCACUGUGUAA